AUGGGAGUCGGCUCGACCCGACCCGACCCGGCCCGGGGGCGGGUCAAGCCUGACCCGGCACCCGAUACCCGGUCGCUUCUCAUUCGACCGCCACCAGCAGUGGCAACGGCAACAUCUGGAGCGGGCAGCACGAGCAGCACCAACCUGCUCAUCGCCUCCUCCCUUGCACGCCUCGCUUCCUCCUCCCCCUCCUCCGCACUCGCCACAGCGCACCGAGCCAUCAAGCCUACGACUCUCCUGCCGCUGCUGCUCUCCCGCCCCACCACCCUCUCCUGCCCGCUCGCGUCCCCCCUCUGCCCGCCCUUGCCGCCCGCGAACGCGCCGCCGCUGUUUGUGUCGCCGCUGCUGGCGCAGCUGCUGGGGGGGCUGGACGCGGAUGCCCUGGCCGUGCUCAAGGGCUAUCACUUCUUGGACCUCCUCGCAGCAGCCAUCACGGCUGCAUCCACCUCGCCAUCCUCCUCCCCCUCCUGUCCCCCUCAAGUGGCCCGUCCCCCGCUGCUGCUCUCUGUGCACGUGCCCCCAUGGCCCGCCCCUGUGCUGCUGGCACCACUGCACGCCAUCCUGCUGCCGCUGCUGCACUGCCGGGAAGGCCUACUCUUUCUAGCCUCCCAGCCCCACGCCACUGCUCGCCUCGCCUCCGCUCUCCACCACGCUCCCACUGCUGCUGCACACUCACCUGCCGCGUCCCACCACGCACGCCGACGUCGCCAGGCGAAGAGAGUGCAGGGAGGGAAGGGUCAGGGAGUCUGGCGACUGGCAGGAGGCCGACUGCUGCCAUGCCGCCACCUGCUCGCUCUUGAUUCGCUCGGCAUUGCCACGUCACCAUCUGACGUGGCGGCUGCGAUGACCGAAGUGUUGAAAGCGGUAAGUGGGCAGGUUGCGAAGCAGUGUUGGUGGGAGCGAGCAAGUGGUGCCACUACUGCGGCACAGCCUGGUGUCAUGUGCCUCAAAACGCCUCUCCUUCCUCUCCUCUGCAUCCUCCCUCCUCAUUCCACUUCACUUCGUCCCUCUUUUCUCAUGCCCUUGCCUCCCUCUCGUCAUCACCCUCCCUUUUCCCACUCCCCAUCCUCCACUCUUCAAUCCCCCCCCCCCCCAAACCAACCCACCACGUGCACACGGCACCCACUGGCCACUUCGCCACAGGCAACCCUAGUGGAGCAGGCAGCAGCAGCAGCAGUGGCAGCGGGGGCAGCAGUGGGGGUGGCGUCGACAGCCUCUGCUCUCUCCCUGGGCGUGUUUGGCCCAGCCACGCGUGUGCCUCUGCGCUCUGCAGCGCAGGUGCAGGCACUGCUGGCGCCGCUCCUCUCCCUCGCCACCAUGCACAGGCAUGAGGCGUCACGCCAGGCACUGGCUGCUGUCGCUACACUGCCCGAGCUGCUGCAAGUGCUACACCUGGCCAUAUUUGCCAUAGAGCAUCCACUGCAGUCACGAGGCCUGCCCUCCGCCACCACCCCUGCCGUGCCCUUCAAAGCAUUUGAGCCGUCUCUCGCAAUCCUGUCCAGCCGCGCGUGCCACGUGCUGCUCGUGCUGCUCCGAGACUCCUCCCUCUCCACAUGGCAAGCCGUGGCCCACGGCGGGGCAGCCUUACAUGCAGCAGCAACUGCAGCCUCCAUGCGCCUGCGUGCCGCUGACCUCGUGCUGGGGUUUGAAGAGGCGAGAGACUGGCUGGAGGGGUGCGCUGUGUUUGGCAUGAAGGGCCUGCCGGGGCUUAUGGCUCUGGCUGGUGAGCUUGCAGAGGGCGAUGCUGCUGCUGCUGUCAGCACCAUAGCUGCUGCUGUUGCUGCUGCUGGGGAUAACGGUGGUGGUGCACGAGGAGGGGGAGGGAGAGGGGGGUCUGGGGGGGGAGGGGGAGGGGAGGGGGGUGCGGAAGGAGGGGGUGGAGGGGGAGGGGAGGAGGAGGAGAAGGGAAGGGAGGGAAUGGCUUCGAGCACUCUGCUGCCGCUGCUGGUGCAGCUGACAGGGGCUGACAUGGCAGUGGACAUGUUCAACGAGGGGGUCAUACACCUGCUGCUCUCCCUCCUCUCCCUUGCCAACUCCGCCUUCUCCAUCCCCGCACCACAGCAAGCAGCAGGGGGGGCAUCCUCACACGCAGCAUGGUCGCGGGCGCCAGGCCUGCACAUGGAUCUGCUGCAAGUGCACGCACAGACACGCCGCCUGCUGCUGCCCGCUCUGCUGCUCCUGCGCACCAUACUGGCCCGCCUGCAGGCCACAGUGAGUGAGUUCCGCAGCACCAAGCUAUUGCACGCCCUGCUCGACCUCUACCUGCUGCUCAGCACUCGACCGCCGUUCCACAUGGCCAUCUCCGAUUGGUCCUGCCAGUCCGAGGCUAUAGAGCUGCAGGCGAUACGACAAGCACUCACGUCCUGCCUCGCCUUCUGGCUGGCCUCCCAGUGGCGCCCCGCCCUCCUCCCACUGCUCUUCUCCCGCUCCCUCCACUCCCUCCGCACCCCCUCUCCUUCCGGCGCCGCCUCUGCCGCUUCCGCUAGCGCUGGCCCUGCUGUCUCUGCUGCUGCCGCUACUGCCACUCCUGCUGCUGCUGGAGCUGCGGGGGGGGCAGGUGCUGCUGCCACGCCGGGUGCAGGGGCCGAUCUACUCCAGCAACCCCCACCCUUCCUACACUCGCGCCAACCCCCCUCUCCCUCACCCUCCACCCCACCACCCACCACCACUCCCGCCACCUCCCAUCCGCCCUCCGCCCCCUCCGCUCCCUCCACUCCCUCCCUCCCCACCCUCCACUCCUCCCCAUCCCCCUCCUCCUCCGCCCCCUCAUGGACCUCCCAAGCGGUGAUGGGGUGGCCGCAGAAGCAGCAGGUGGUGGGGGUGGCGGCGGUGGGGAGUGUGCUGGGCAUGGGUCCGCACAUGGAGGAGCUAAUGUGGUUCACCGUGGAUGCAGGGCUGAGAGGCCGAGUCAAGCGAAGCAUGGCUCCGCACAUGCCCGCUCUCUGCCGCAUCAUCUACCAUUUCUCCGCAACUCCUGCUUCCAGCCAAAGUCUGGCUGGAGAUGGCAAGGCAGGGGAGGAACCUGGAGAGAAGGCGAUAGCAGCUGUGGUGGAGAGGGCAUGCGAGUGUAUGGAAGCAUGGCUUGAAGUCUUGGAUGGGAGAGAUGCUGCUAGGGCUGCUGCUACCGCCUCUGCUGCUGCCGCUGCUGCUUCCGCUCCUGCUGCUGCUGCGGCUGCUGGAGGUGCUGCGGGUGAAUCUGGUGCUGCUGGUGAUGGUGGUGGGGAUAAGGGUGCGAAGGGUUCUGGAGAGGUGGAAGGAGGUGGGGCAGGGUUGAAAGACGGGGAUGGAGCAGGAGCAGGAAGGGGACGGGAGGGAGGGGAGAUGGGAGGAGGGGGCGGUGGGUUGAAAUCUAGUGCUAUUGCUGCUGCUGGUGCCUCUGCCCCUGGGUCUACCACACACCCAAACGCCCCACUCUCCUCUACUCCCAAAGAGCCUGGAGGCGAGUCGGCUGCAGACGUGUUGAUGAGUGGCAGUGGUGCUGGCAAGUCACCUGCCGUAGACUUUCCUCCAGGUUUCCUGGCAGUGAAAGAGCGCGCCGAGGGGGGUGCUGGCAGUGGGGAGGACGGCAAAGCUUCACAGGGAGUGCAGCAGAGGGGAAGGACCCAGGGGAUGCAAGGACUGCAUGGGGAGCACGGGGAGCAUGGAGAGCAGAGAGAGAAAGGAGAGCAAGGGGAGCAAGGGGUGCAUGAGGGGAGCAGUGGCAUGGAAAAGCAGAUGGAUCAGGUUACCUGCAUGGGGAUGUUUAUCGCGUCUGCUCUCUCCUUGCAUGCUCUGCAAACACCCAGCUUCUUCCACUUGUGUCUUCACCAGUACCGCCUCCCAUCGCCGCCCCUCGCCCUGCCACCCUCUGCUGUCGCUUCAUUCCCUGCCAAUGCACUGGAAGCAGCACCCCCAGCUGCUUUCUCCCCCCUCCCUCUGACGCUGGUACAGUGCCAAGUGAAACAGUGCAAGGACCCAAGGGAGCAUCUGCAGCUGUCUUCGCAGGAGACACUCUGGCUGCCCUGCUCUCACUCGUGCAGGCAAGCCACCUCCUCCCCUCGCACAUGCUCGCAUCCCACUGCUCUACUUUCCCUUCUCAAUGUUUCCCCUCUUUCCUUGAGUGUAUCAUCUGAAGUUUUUAGAGGGGAAGUGGGAGGGAGGGAAGGGAGGAGCGCAGCGGUGGUUGCGUCGUCAGCGGAGCAGCGGAGUGCAGCACUUGUGGAGGCCUUCUGCCUUGCCGUGCUGCGCCUUGCUGACUCUGGACAAAGCUCAAUGGGACUUCUGCUCUUUAAGCUCCUUCUCGGUCUGCCUUCUACUCAUCGCACCACCACCACAACUGAAGCUACCACUGCGUCUGCUUCUGCUGCGGCGGCGGCUGCUGGUGGUCUGCCUUAUGAUCCCAUCACUACUCUCGCACGUCUCGCUCGCUCGCGGGCACGCAAGUUUGCAUGUUGGAAGCAGCCCGGUUCUCUCUCCUCUGCAGCGCAUCUUCUCUCCACCAAGCGUUCUGCUGGUGCCGCCUCAGGAGCUGGGCCAGACGGGAAGCGAGUGCGGGGGGAGCAGGAGGAACUGGGCGGGCGGGGCAUGGGCAUGGGGGUGAUGAUGGGGGGCGGGAUGGGCGCGCUGGGUGGACCAGGGGUGCCCCCCUCCCCUGCAGGACCUGGGGGGCUGUUUGCGAUGAGCAGGAGAGACAGUUUUAGGCAGCGCAAGCCUAACACAAGCAGAGCGGCGUCGAUUCACGUGGAUGAUUAUACGGCGAGGGAGAGGGGCGAUGGGGGGAGUGGGUGGGGCAGCAGUGGGCGGCCGCCGUCGAUCCAUGUGGAUGAGUUCAUGGCACGGCAGAGGCAGAUGGGAGGCCCGCCGCUUGUCGCAGCCACUCCCCCGCCUCUUCCCCCCAUGCCUGGCGUACCCGUUGCUGGUGCUGGUGCGGCGAGUGCUGGUCCUUCUGGUGCUGGCCCUGGUGCUGCUGGUGCUGGUGAUGGCGGUGGGAAGGAGGAAGGGGGGGCAGGAAGAGCGGCGCAGGGGGGCAGAGAAGGAGUGGGCGGGGGAGGGGGAGUGGUGGCGGGGCAUGCAGGGAAGCAUGGGUCUCAAAUGAAUGGUGUUGCUGGCGGUGGUGCUGCUGCUGCUGGUGGUGGUGGUGGUGGUGGUGGUGGAAAAGAAAAGAGGAAGAAGUGGUUUCACGGGGAUCUCACAAGUGAUUCGGAUGAGCAUGAUGAUGAUGAGGAGGAUGAUGGUGUUGAUGGUAGUGGUAAUGGGUCAGAUGGCGAGGGAGAGGGCAGAGGGCACGAUGGGGAGAAGAAGGGAGGGAGGAGGCAUGUUGGGAAGAGGAGAAAGGGUGGUGCACAGAGUGAGAUGGAUGGUGAUAGUGGUCCAAGAAAGGCUGGGGUGCGUGAAGGGGAGGGUAAGGAACAGCAGCAGCACCAUCAGUCUCAGCAGCAGCAACAGCUGCAGUACCAGCAGCAACAGCAACAGCAGCAACAGCAGCAGCAGCAACAGCAGCAACAGCAGCAACAGCAGCAGCAGCAGCAACAGCAGCAGCAGCAGCAACAGCAGCAGCAGCAACAGCAGCAGCAGCAGCAACAGCAGCAGCAACAGCAGCAGCAGCAGCAGCACCAACAGCAACAGCAACAGCAACAGCAACAGCACCAACAGCAACAGCAACAGCAGCAGCACCAACAGCAGCUGCAGUACCAUCAGCAGCAGCAGCAGCAACUGCAGCAGCAACAGCAGCAGCAGAAGCAGUACAAUCAGCAGCAGCAGCAGCAGCAGCAGCAGCAGCAGCAACAACAGCAGCAGCACCAGCAACAGCUUCAUCAGCAGCAGCAGCAGCAGCAGCAGCAGCAACACUACCACCAACAACAUUUACAGGUGAAUAUAUUGGAGGGACUGAAAGAUGGUCGGGCGCAGGAACAGGAGAAAGUGGAGAAGAUGGGGCAGCAAGCACAAGAGAGGGAGCGGCAGCAGCAACUGCAGCAGCAAGUGCAACAAUUGUCUCAUCCAUUGGACCCCUCUCUCCUGCCAGAGCAUCAGCAAGCCCUCUUCCACCACCUCUCCGCCUCUCAUGCUAUCUCUCCUGCUGACCUCCCCUCUUACCUCAUGGCUGCGGCUGCUGCUGCCUCGCCAGGCAACCUUUCCGCCUCGCCUCCUGUAUCCGCAGCUGCUGCAGCUGCAGCUGUUGCAGCAGCUGCAGUCAUGCUAGCACCCUACUCAGACUACUCAAAGGUCCAGCCCUCAGUUGUGCCACCACAGCCGCCACCACCACUGCCGCAGCAGCAGCAGGUGGUUGUUUCCGCACCUGGGCCACAGGGCCUUGCUUCUCCACCCUUUCCUCCGUCUCUGCUUGGAACCGCCGCACUGCCACCACUACCUGCAACGGCACCUGCUGCUCCUGGUCCGUUGCACUCCCUGUCACAGCCAAGCAGCCAUGGUCCACCAUUGCAGGUGCAAGCUCAAGCACUGGCAGCACAGCCAGGCACGGCAAGUGCUGCUGCUGCUGCGGCGGCGGCGGCUGCUGCGGCUGCUGCUGGUGCUGCUGCACCCAAGGCUUCUGAUGUUGCAGGGCUGGGUUCUAUUCAGGCUCUACUGCAGGACCCAGUGAAGCUACAGCAGCUGCUGGAGGAGCAGCCAGGGCUCAUCAGCAUUCUGCAGCCCUCCACCACUCUCUCUCUCUCCUCCCUGCAUUCCGUCCUUUAA